AUGGUGACUGUACCUGGCAAAUACCUACAAGGGGGCUCUGUGCUGGCCCUGCAAGAUCGAGCCAUCCCAAUGUAUAACAAGGUGCCACCAGAAAAUGUAACAAAUAACGGACUGGUCUGCCCGGCCUGUUCCACCUUCUCGGGGUGUAAAGAUCAGCCGCGCCACGCCAUGAAAUGCAGCGGAGACGAGACACAGUGCUUUAAGUUCACACGCUUUUUGAAUCGAAAGGAGUCCAUAACCGGCUGCGCGUCUCCUUGGUAUUGUGCUUUACGUCUCUUAAUUGGUGAAAUAUAUCGCGCUAAACCCGAACCAGUGAUAAUUAAAAACUGCACAAAGGCGAGCAGCACAAGUUCUCUGCCAGUGGAAAAUUAUUUGCUAUGCAAGCAAUGUCGAGGCGAUCUAGACGACAAAUGUGAAAAUUAUGCUAAAUGUGCUCCAGAGCAUGAUGCCUGCGUGACCACAAUUUCACAGACCAUAUACGGAGGAUACAAGAGGAAUAUACAGCGCACAAGAAGAUGUGGAUCCUCCGCAGAGUGUGACACCGCCGGGAUCAUCACCACCGCCCAGAAGACCAUUUCCAGAAGCACCACCUGCUGUUAUUAUGACAACUGUAUUCCUCCAUUACCAACUUGUAAGUAUCUGCGCUGUCUGAAAACCACUUACCUCAAUAUGGACCCGUGUCCUCGUGUUUGGCAGAAAGUUCCAAAUCCCCUGAAUACAAAUACCAAGUUUUAAACCUCACAGUUAAAUGAUAACCACCUGCCGCCACUAGAGGGAGCUCUGGUGCCUUCUGUAUACCCCUUAUGCAGUGAGCUCCCCCUAGUGGUGGCU